AUGGCUCCUCAUCGUGUUUUGAUGCUUGGCUCUGGUUUCGUUACGAGGCCCACUUUGGAUAUUUUAAGUGACGCGGGCAUUCAUGUCACCGUUGCCUGCAGAACUCUCAACAAUGCAAAGAAGCUCUCCGAGGGCGUCAAGCUCGCAAAGCCAAUCUCCCUCGAUGUCACCGACGACAAAGCCCUCGACGCUGCGGUAGCACAGCAUGAUCUUGUUAUCAGCUUAAUCCCAUACACCUUUCACGUUACCGUCAUCAAGUCCGCGAUUCGAAACAAGAAGAAUGUUGUCACCACAAGUUAUAUUUCCCCAGCCAUGCUCGAGCUUGAACAGCAGGUGAAGGACGCGGGGAUCACCGUUAUGAACGAGAUUGGUCUUGAUCCUGGAAUCGACCAUUUGUAUGCAAUUUCUGUCAUAGAGAGGGUACACAAGGCCGGAGGAAAGAUCAUUUCAUUCUUGUCAUACUGCGGAGGUCUCCCAGCUCCAGAAGACUCCGGAAAUCCAUUGGGCUACAAGUUCUCUUGGUCAUCCCGCGGGGUCUUGCUCGCUCUCAGAAAUGCUGCAAGCUUUUACCAAGGAGGAAAGAUUGUCAACGUUGCCGGCCCAGACCUGAUGGCCACCGCCAAGGAGUACCACAUCUACCCGGGCUUCGCUUUCGUCGCAUACCCCAACCGUGAUUCAACCCCAUACAAGGGACGCUAUAACAUUCCAGAAGCGGAAACCAUUAUCCGUGGUACUCUGAGAUAUCAAGGAUUCCCCGAAUUUGUCAAGGUUCUAGUCGAUAUUGGCUUCCUCAGUGAUGAGGAGCAGAAGUUUUUAAAGGAGCCGAUCACCUGGAAGGAGGCCACCCAGAAGAUUCUUGGUGCUUCUUCAUCCAGUGAGAAGGAUCUGUUAUGGGCAAUCUCCUCCAAAACGACUUUCAAGAACACUGAUGAGAAGAACCGAUUGAUGGCAGGUCUCAAGUGGCUUGGCAUUUUCUCGGAUUCAAAUAUCCACCCCAACGGAAACCCCUUGGAUACUCUCUGCGCCACUCUAGAAGAAAAGAUGCAAUUCGAGGAGGGUGAGCGUGACUUAGUAAUGCUUCAACAUAAGUUCGAGAUCGAGAACAAGGAUGGUAGCAAGGAGACGAGAACUUCUACUCUCUGCGAGUACGGUGCUCCAACUGGGGCUGGAGGUUACUCAGCAAUGGCGAAAUUAGUCGGCGUACCAUCCGCCAAACAGGUACUUAAUGGCACGAUCUCCGACACAGGUAUUCUCGCGCCAAUGAACUCCAAGAUCAACGAUCCAUUGAUAAAGGAGUUGAAGGAGAAGUACGGGUUCGUUUUCCUUUAUCCCAAUCUCUUCGAAGUUCAUGCGGUAACAGAGCUUUCAGUAUCGAAUAGGAUAAAGACCAAACCAAGAGCGAUCCAUAAAAUGAUGCCAGUUUUGCUUGCGUAUGUUCUCGUCUCGAUCGAAGGUGACUGUCUUGAAGAUACUUCUGAAAUUGUUGCUUUAAUCGUGAAGUUCGCGGGCAUCUUUGUUGCUGCUUGGUCACCUGCCACGACUUUCCCUCUCAAUCCACAAACAUAA